CCUGUGGAAGCCGCGAUGAACAGCUGAUCCUCCCGCAGUGGAUAAAACCAAUCACAAUGGUGACGGCCAAGUCCUGAUUCCCGAUCACACGCGUGGCACUAUGUGAAUAGUUAUCGGAGGAGUAGACACAGGAGAAUUAUUAACAGGAAAUUAGGGUUAAGGAGUCUUUUUGGGGCGUGCUAUUAUAUAUUUUUUUUCGGUUUGGACCUGUCGAUCAUCAGUAUUACAGACGGACACGCUGUGCGCUCAGACUACCUGCCGCUCUUCGCUCUGCGCUCACCGACGCUCAAUUAUGUUAUUAUCAAGUUUCCUCAUUUUUACCGUCUCCUACUUUAUGGCGCCUCUGUUCCUCUGUUACCUGCCUCAAGUGUCGGCACAGAAGCCUGGGUCACGGUGGCUGAUUGGAGACAGAGACAGGGACUGUGGGAUCACCUGCUCAAGGACGGGGAAGCCAGUGUGUGGUUCAGACGGGCGGAGCUAUGACAGCAACUGUGAAUUGCAGAAGGCGCGCUGCAAAGAUAAGACACUCACAUUAGCACACAGAGGCCGGUGUCGAGGUAAAAACUGGGUGUUGCCAGUGGCUCUAGCACCAACUGCCACAUCUGAAGGGAGAGACGUGGAGCUCAAAGAUGCAGGACAGUCCAAGUGUCGUGUUGAGAGGAACCAGGCUCUGGAGCAAGCCAGAAGACCUCAGUCUUCAGAGUCCAUGUUCAUCCCGGAAUGCAAUGAAGAUGGAACAUUUGCCCAGGUCCAGUGCCAUACUCUGACCGGUUACUGCUGGUGUGUUACCAGUGAUGGCAAGCCAGUGAGUGGCUCCUCUGUGCACAACAGGACCCCAGUGUGUUCAGGAAACUUCCGUGAAUUUAUGGGAACUCAUGCUGGGACAAGUGGAUUGUCAGGGUCAGUAACUGAUAAGCCACCAGGGCCACCAAACACAGAUAGAAAAGUCUCUUUCCGUUUCUUUCUCACCCUUAACCCAGAUGAUGGCUCCAAGCCCACACCCACCAUGGAGACUCAUGUCCCCCCUGAGGGUGAUGCCACGCUCAGGAAAUCUGACCUCCCCACCUCCCACUCUCCUCAGCUAGGUCUCAGGCCUUCUGCUGAACCCGCCACCACCGUCAUCUCCAUCUUUAUUAACUUCACCAUGGAUCGCGAUAAGAGAGUAUUGUGUAGUAGUAAUUUUUUGUAUAUGUGCUGUCUGUAUUUGGUUUCCCAAAUCUGGUUUUUUCCUGUACUGAGUGUGUUUCUAAUACUUUUAGAGAAAGUUCCCUCUUGUGACCAGGAGAGACAGAGUGCUCUGGAAGAGGCUCUGCAGAAUCCUCGUGAGGCCAUUUUCAUCCCCGACUGUGGGCCUGGAGGCCUUUACAAGGCCGUCCAGUGCCACCAAUCCACAGGCUACUGUUGGUGUGUUCUGGUGGACACGGGACGCCCCAUUCCUGGAACCUCUACCAGGUACCAGACGCCUGAGUGCGAUGGAGCUGCACGAUCUCGAGUCUCGGACACAGAAGAAGCAUUCCAAGGCAGAGAACUGCAAGGCUGCCCUGAGGGCAAGAAAGUGGAAUUCAUUACAAGCUUGUUAGAUGCCCUCACCACAGACAUGGUGCAAGCCAUAAACUCACCAGCCCCCUCUGGUGGUGGGAGGUUUGUGGAGCCUGACCCCAGUCACACUUUAGAAGAGAGGGUGGUGCACUGGUACUUUGCCCAGUUGGAUAACAAUGGUAGUCAAGACAUCAACAAGAAGGAACUAAAGCCUUUCAAGAAGUACUUGAAGAAGAAAGCCAAACCCAAGAAAUGUGCCCGAAAGUUCACCGACUACUGUGAUCUGAAUAAGGACAGAGCCAUUUCCCUGCAGGAGCUGAAAGGCUGCCUGGGCGUCAGCAAGGAGGGUAGCUCAACAACAAGUGGCAACCAAGGGACAAGGCAAGGGACAAAUUUGUUCAUAGGACGUCUGGUGUGAGAAGAGAAGGAUCAAGAAGCUGAGAUGAGAGCAGAGGGCACAGAGGGAAGGCAUCUGCACGCUUGCUGACAGGACAGAGACAGAUGGAGCAGAAAAAUUAAGAAGUUCCUGAGUUUUGUAAAUGAACAGAAAAAAAAUGGAAAAGAAAAACAAAGUGGCGCCAAAAUAUUUGCACUUUCUUCUCCCUAUGUUUGACAUUUUAUUUGUUUUUAUGUUUUUUUCCUGUCUUGAAGUGACUGAAAAAUAUCUAGGUAAGAAUGAGAAUAUAUUUGCAGAGAUGAUAGGCUCACCACUGGAAGAGCAAGUAUGUGUAUAUUACCACAAUUCUCUGUGUGUUAAGUCUGAUGUUUUGAUUCCUUCUGUGUGUCCUCACGAGGUACUAAUACACAUUUCUUUGCCAUGUGAAUGAAAAUUACAGGCCCUUUGUUACAAAAAGCAGCACACAGGUCAGUGGAAACCUAUAAAAGAGGAUCUUGCCGUGAGUCACAUACAAAAAAGAAUGGUGCUUAUUUAAAACGCACUCUACAAGUCAGUCUAGAACAACUAAAACAAAUGUGUAAUGUUCUAUGUGAAGAAGCAACAAUUAUGUGAGUGGCAUGCAUCGGAAUUAAACUGUGAGUUGAGUCUAUGGAUCAUCAGCACAGAAUUAGCUGCGUGAAUCCUGCACAAAACCUUCUUGAUACAUUAACAUUUUGCAUAUCUGGUUUUUGUCAAGUGUCAUGCACGCACCGGUGUCGGACAGUGGAUGUCACUUUUUUUUUUUUUUACCCGAUUACUUGUUCUACAACCCCAAAACAUUGCAAAAACACUCUUCUUCACUAUUCAUAAUUUAUUUUCACAUUCUGUAGUAUCAAAAAAAAGAGAAUUUACAACAACAAAUCCCAAAAAGUUGGGAUGCUGUGUAAAAUGUAAAUACAAACAGCAUGCAAAGAUUUGCAAAUCUCAUAAUCCCAUAUUUUAUUUACAAAUGAAAAUGUACCAUUUUCUGGGAAAAAGCUCAUUUGGAAUUUAAUGGUAGCAACGUAUCUCACAUUAAUUGAGACAAGGCCAUAUUUACCACUGUGUAGAAUCCUCUGUUCCAAUCCAGUUGUCGGACUUUUGGGAGAGGAAUCCUGUCCCAUUUUUUGUCUGAUAUAGGAUUCUAGCUCCUCAGCAGACUUUGGUCUUCUUUGUCAUUUUUUCUGUUUCACCAACCGCACCAAAUGUUCAGUUAGUGGAAGGUCUGGACUGCAAGCAGGCCAGUUCAGCACCCAGACUCUUAUACUAUGAAGCCAUGCUGUUAUAAAAGAUUCAUCAUGCAGUUUAGCAUUGUUUUGCCGAAAUGUAUGCAUGAUUUUCCCUGAACAAGAUAUCAUCUACCUUUGAACACUAAUGAUGCCUUUCCAGAGGUGCAAGCUGCCAGUUCCAUGGGUACUAAUGCACCCCUAUACCAUCAGAGAUGCAGGCCUUUGAACUGAGCACUAUUAAGGCGGAUGGUCUCUUCCCUCUUUAGUUAGGAGAAUGUUAAGCACUUGCUCUCCAAACAAAAUUUGAAAUUUGGACUCAUCUGACCAUAGAACAGCUUUCCACUUUGCCUUAGUCCAAUUUAAAUAACCUUUGGCCCAGAGAAGAUUAUGGAGUUUCUGCAUCAUGUUCACAUAUAACUACUUCUUUGCAUGAUAGAGCUUUAACAUGCAUUUUAGAAAAUAAUGCCUGUUUUUAAUGUUUGUUUUUAAUGCAGUGCCAGUUGAGGUCCCAGCUAUCACGGACAUACAAUAGUGAUUUUCAGUCUUAUCCUUUGCGCACAGAGAUUUCUCCAGAUUUUGUGAAACUUGUGAUAUAAUCACAAGAUCAUAUUAUCUACUGUAGAUGAUAUGACAUUUAAACUCUUUACACUCAAUCGCUUUUAAAAGGAACAUUAUUCUAAUAUUGUUCCACAAUUUGGAGAUGCACAUUUUUGCAGGUUGGUGGAUCUCUGUCUAUCUUUACUUCUGAGAAACUCCAAGAAUACCUGAUUAGUUGGGAAACUUUCCCAAAACAGGCUUUUUGGUACCACUUACUUUUGAAAGAAUAUUUUUCAUGAGAUGUCUCAGUUUAAACAUGUGAUAUGUUUUCAGUGUUCUAUUUUAAAUAAAAUAUGGGUUUAUGAUAUUUGCAAAUCAGUGGAAUCAUUUUUUUUUAAUUUACAUUUUACACAGUGUUCCAACUUUUUUUGGGAAAUGGGUUUGUAAAAAACAGAAAUAUAAUAAUAGAACAAAUAGUAAAAGAUUAUGACAAAUUAAACAUGCAAAACAACUGCUAGUAAAAGAUUUCACACAGGAUGUUCAUGGAACUUUACACUGUUGCACCCAGUGGAAGACAUUUCAACAUGUUUACACAAAGAUUGGAAUACGAACAAACAGUAUUAAAUAUGAAGUAAUGAAAGAUUUCAGGAAUGCAACCACACACAUGCAACCACACAGAGACAAACAACUCUAAAAUACAGCCGUAUAAAGUUGUGGGUUGCAUUUUAGCAUAAAUGUCCACACAGGUGCUUUUAGAGCAGGGUUAUUGUGAAGCUUUAUGUUAGAUGGGCGAGCUACUAGACCUUGUAAUGACAGAUAAUUUGAUAGAUUCUCUUCUGAAACCAGGUAGAAUUGUACAAAUGAUUUCAUACCAAAACAAACACACUGUUUGCAAAAAGAGCCGCAAAAUAUUUUCCCGGAAAAAAACAAGUUGAGAAAAAGUUUGAGCUCUGAAACAAAAUCUGUCUUCAUUUGUUACCGAUUUGGUUAAAUUUUCCCAAGCCUCCAGAGUUGCUAUUGCACCAGGCACCUCUGAUUUGUAUAAAGUAACAUAGAUCUCAAGUUUAUACUAAUGAGGAGCUGGCAAAUUGUUGCUUAAGUUCCAAGUCUGACACUAUGUGAUCAGAAUCCAUUGCAUUGGUGUUUACAUAAACAAAUGGGACACAUUCACUAAUGCAUCUUCAAUUUAAAUGUGUCCUUACCACAGUGAAGGCCACUCAUUUAUAAUACAUGCAUCCCAUUCUUUUGUGUAUAAGUUUAUAUAGUGUUAAAAGUAAUUGUGCAGGUUUUGUUAAACUAAACUAUUAUAAUGUUAGUAUCCGUUCUUUACACAAUCAAUCAUCUAUAGUAAUGAUCUUUCUUUAAUUCUGCCUUCUAGUGUUUACUGAUCCAAACUGAACAAAUCUUUGACCCUCUUGUGGAGAUUUUAGUUUUCUAAAUAGAUUACAUUCCAAUAAAGAUGUUUUAAAUAUUAUUAGUAUCAGAGAAAAACGACUCCACAGUUGACUAAUCUAACCAGUAAAUAGAGUAAGAAGUCCACAUGGCUCAAUAUCUUGUUCAUCUCAGCCCAUUUCAUCGAUCAUAUUCACGUUUACCUCGCAAGAUAUGGCGUGGCAGUUCAUACAGUAAAUACUGGAGCCUUCCCAGUAAUGUCAGACUAUGUAUUGUGUAUGUAAACACAAUUACUGUCUGACCUCAAACAGCUGAUGUCAGUCUUGUUGUCUCAAACACUUAAAACUACUCAUAGUGGAGCUUUUCCACUUUAUGUAAGACAAUGAAGUAAGUCUUUUGAAAAAUACCGCCCCGGGUGUCUGAUAAAUGCUAACAUUUUAUGAGCAGUGAAGGGGGAAAAAAAUCCUUUUAUUUUUGCAGUGUAAAAAAUAAAAAUGUGAUCCUCACAUUUGGGAACAAUCGGAGAAUCGUGCCUUUGCUGUUGUGGUUUAAAUACUUUGUAUGAGUUGUAUUCCCCAAUAGUCCCUGCAAUGGCUCACAAUUAUGAGACAAAAAAGCUCCUUUUGUAAAUAUGUACAAUAAGCUUUGUUUUACUAAAUGUCACUGUGGGGGUGUAUGAUUGUUCACUUACUUCACUGUCAUUCUGGCUUCUUGUAAAAAAGAUAUACUUUUCUCUGUGUUUAUAUCAUGUCAAACAUUAGGCUGUUACAGUAGCUAAUUCACAACAUGGAAAUGCUUAGGCGAGACUGCACGUUGUCAGCUCUGAGGACUGUUUAUUUUAACUAUGGUGAGGUUAGUUUACUAUUUCAGUUUGUGUUUUAAGAUUCCCGUCGUCAUCACUACGCACAGCCAGGACCAUACUUAUGCAGUAUCUGGUGCUUAAUAUACUACAAUCACAAGUCCAGUUGCAUCUAAUUUGAAUUGGAUAGUUAUGCCAAGAAACCAGAAAAGAAACCAGCCUUUCUUUGAGGGCUGUGCAGUCUCUCCCGAGUGCCUGUUUCAAUCCAGGUUUGAACACAGUGGGCUUAUGUGUGUCUGCUGAAGUGCUUCCAGACGCUGCAGAGCUGCAAAUCACAUGCAAGAUCUAAAACAACCCAAAAGGCUAGUAAUCACUACAAAUCAUGAUGGGAAAAAUGUAGUGAAGGAGUCUUGUAGCGUGUCAGUUUGGUAGAGAAAAGACAGCUUUUUUUUUUUGUUCACUUGUUUUUGCACUUCACCAUCCAAAUGUGUUUUGAUAAUGUUUCUUAUUCAUAGCAAAGGAAAUUAGAUCCAUGGAAAAGAAAACACUGAAAUGUGUUAUUUUUGAAUAAAAAUGAUUCAUGUGGAUUUGGGUGCUGCUCAGAAUCAUUGACAUUUUCAAACUUGUGUCAAAGUAGACACAAGCAAAACAAAAGAGACUAAAGGCUUUUUUCUUUUAAUCUCAAAAUGAAUCAGUCAAGUUUAAAGCUCAGAAAAUGUUCAUAAAGUUUAUGAGCUACAACACAGUAGUAGCUUCCACCUGGGUUGUAUCACUCUUUGGGAUACUUCAUGCUGUUUCCUACCUUAAGUGUGUCAUAAAUUUAAAGCAGCUAUCUAGGUGCCCAACUUUUGGAAGAAUUUAACAUCUCACUGUUGUAUGGACACAGAGGACUGAAUUCAGCAACAAGACACUUGUUGCUGUGUGUCUUGAACCAAGUUUUAUCUCUUACAGAGUCAUGUUGAGGAAACUGUAGAGGUUCUGUGUGACACUCUCUAAGUAUCCAACUGAUUAGACUCACUUUAAUAUUACUACAAUACAAACAGUGGUAUUUUAAAAAGCUUGACAGUGAUUCUAAAAAAAAUAUGGAAAUACUCCAUAUUACAUCUCCUUCAACUAUACUUUUCUGGGCAGUUGAAAGCAUUUAGAGCUGUUAACAGAAGACAAAUUUUCUGAAAGGAGGGCGAGGGAGUUCAAUAUUGACCCCAAAUGGUGAAGAUUGUUCACUGCAGGUUGGAGUUUGACAAAUUGAAUCCAGUGUCUGCACAAGUUUUUACUUAUGAUACGGCAUCAAGCAAGCCAACUGAAUUUCAUGAACUGAAAUAUUUUAAUAAAGAUAAUGUUUUUACUGAA